AUGUCCGGCAACCUGGCGAGUACGGCCAAAAACAGCAGCCUGGCUAGUACGGCCAUAGACAGCAGCCUGACUAGUACGGCCAUAGACAGCAGCCUGGCUAGUACGGCCAUAGACAGCAGCCUGACUAGUACGGCCAUAGACAGCAGCCUGGCUAGUACGGCCAUAGACAGCAGCCUGACUAGUACGGCCAUAGACAGCAGCCUGACUAGUGCGGCCAUAGACAGCAGCCUGACUAGUGUGGCCAUAGACAGCAGCCUGACUAGUGCGGCCAUAGACAGCAGCCUGACUAGUGUGGCCAUAGACAGCAGCCUGGCUAGUACGGCCAUAGACAGCAGCCUGACUAGUGCGGCCACAGACAGCAGCCUGACUAGUGCGGCCAUAGACAGCAGCCUGACUAGUGUGGCCAUAGACAGCAGCCUGACUAGUGCGGCCAUAGACAGCAGCCUGGCUAGUGCGGCCAUAGACAGCAGCCUGGCUAGUGCGGCCAUAGACAGCAGCCUGACUAGUGCGGCCAUAGACAGCAGCCUGACUAGUGUGGCCAUAGACAGCAGCCUGGCUAGUACGGCCAUGUCCGGUCAGAACGAGAUGGACAAACCCGAGGGUACAGGGGCGGAGGCCGAGGUCCCCUGCCCGAUGUAUCAAGUUGAACCUGGCAUAGCUACCGAGGUCCCCGUGCCCAUAUAUGGAGAUACCGAGGUCCCCUGUGACUUGUAUGGAGAAACACUAGGAAAGGAAGUCGCAUCCAAAGACAGGACUAACGAGUGUUUAGAACCGAUCUACGACGUCUCCUGUAACAAGUCGCCUCGGUCCAGUAUUUAUGUCGCUGAACCGGACAUGACGCAACCAGGCGGAAAUGACGUCACACCUGAGGUCUAUAGUACACAGAGUCAAGCCGAACCGGGCGAGGGGGCCACACCCAACGGCAAGGCUAGCGAGUGUUUAGAACCGAUCUACGACCUCUCCUGUAAGAAGUCGCCUCGAUCCAGUAUUUAUGUCGCUGAACCGGACAUGACGCAACCAGGCGGAAAUGACGUCACACCUGAGGUCUCUAGUACACAGAGUCAAGCCGAACCGGUGUCGUCAGCAGAAGCCGCAGCAGAAGCCACAGGGAUGUCAUCAGAAGCCGCAGCGCCAGACGUGACAGCUGAAGCAGAAAUUGCCGAGUUCCCCAACCCCAUGUACCAGGCGACGUCAGGUUAG